AUGUUUGGCAGUUCCAAACUGUCGCCAGCAGGCGUCCUCCUGCUGGCGGCGGCGAGCAUCCUGCCGGUGACGGCCCAGGCUCCCGCCGCCCCUGCUCCCGCCGCCCCAGCGGGAGACCCUCAUCCAUUCUACAAGAUUGGGACUAGAGAUCAAAUAAUACAGUCCUCACGAGACCUUGCCUGGGAGGUCAUGGCUCUAUACCCUGGUAACCAAACCGGCCAGGAAACUGGAAUUCUCCCCGGACCGCCAGACGACGGCAAGGGGCCGUACUACUGGUGGCAGGCUGGAGCGAUGUGGGCUGCCAUGAUCGACUACUGGCACUUGACGGGGGACACCACCUACAACAAACUGGUCACCGAUGGUAUUCUGGCCCAGCACGGCCCCGAUCGCGACUUUCAGCCGCCUGCGCAUCGUGCUUCGCUCGGAAACGACGACCAGGGUUUCUGGGGUCUGGCCGUCAUGCAGGCCGCCGAGAUGAGGUUUCCCGAUUCGCCCAAGGAAGGCGAUGCACACUGGCUUGCCCUGGCACAGGGCGUUUGGGUGACACAGGCGUCCAAGGAGAGGCACGACGAACUCUGUGGUGGAGGAAUGAGGUGGCAGGUUCCCCCCACGAACACAGGGUACAACUAUAAGAACACUAUUGCCAACGGCAUCUACUUCAACCUCGGUGCUCGCCUUGCCCGCUACACCGGCAACCAGACUUAUCUCAAGGAGGCCGAGCGAACUUGGGACUGGCUGUGGGCUGUCAAGUACAUCGACCAUGACACCUACAAGGUUUUCGAUGGAGGUCACGUCGAGCAUAACUGCACCGAUAUCAACAAGCAGCAGUUCUCGUACAACGCCGGCGUUCUCGUCCAGGGAGCCGCUUUCAUGUACAACCAGACCAAGGCACAGAAAUGGAAGACGGCCGUCGAGAAGCUAACCGAGGCCAUAUUCCGUGACUUCUUCGAGAAGGGAGCUGCGUUCGAAAUCUCGUGCGAGCACCUCGACAAUCAGUGCACCCAGGACAUGGUCAUGUUCAAGGGAUUCGUCGCCCGCUGGAUGCCUGUGGUGGUGCAGCUGGUGCCCGAGAUGCGGGGGACCAUUAUGCCCGUGAUGCGCAAGUCGAUCGAGGCGGGCCUGAGGCAGUGCACGGGCGGCCCGCGCGGCCGCACCUGCGGCUUCUACUGGAGCAAGGGCGUUUUCCGCGACCCCAACGCCGACGGCACAACGGGUGUCGGCGAGCAGAUGAACGUUCUCUCGGGCGUCAUGUCGCUGCUGCACGAGUUCCCCAAUAACCCGGUCGAGGGCCCCGUCACGCUCGAGACGGGCGGCACCAGCAGGGGCGAUCCCAACGCCGGCCUGCGCCACACCCCUACCAGGUCGUUCAAGGAGAUCACGGGCGGCGACAGGGCAGGCGCCGGAAUCCUGACCACGCUGCUCAUCGGCAGCGGGCUGGGCAUGUUUGGUUGGAUGAGCUACGACUAA